AAUUAAAUGAAUAAUUAUUAAUAAAUGUUAACUUAAUUCCCUCUGGUAACCUUUUAUUCUUAAUAAAAGACAUGACAGCUGACAGUUUUAAUUAUGACUCAUAAAAUAUUCACAUGAUAAUAUGUGAGACGAUAUAGAACUUUCAUAGCCGAUAUGGCAUUGGCACGGAUUAUUGGGUUGUGCCUUAUAAGUAAAGUGAUCGAAGGCCACGUUUUUGUGAAAAAUAUACAAGUUGAAUUGGGUGCACGUAUCGAUUAUGGCGGAGAUUUGGCUACGGCUCUGUGCGAUAUGAUGGUCGGUUUUCCAGAGACGAAUGUCGCAAUAGGAUUUGAUAAAAUUGAGAACGAUUUCUUAAGGAAUUUACUGGUUCAGUUGGAAUCUAAACGGGUUUCGGUGCUGCUUUUCAAUUUCACUUUGGCGGAGGCGCAGGACAAGUAUUUCGAGUACUUGUCUGUUCGAUCGGAAAACCAUUUGCCCGUCGUGACGUUAUUCUUUGGCAGCCACAAGUUAUACGAACACAUUCUUUUGGAGGUUUAUGACUGUAAUUGCAUCAGGAGAAAUAUCGUGCAUAUAUUUAACUGGGGCAGAGGCGCUUUUACAAGAAGUUUCUUGAAAAAUAUCCAUUAUGCCAUGAAAGUUUUCGCUAUUACUAAUCCGAGAAAUGACACUUUUAGAAUCUACUACAACCAAGCCACGUUAUACCGGGAACAUCAUCUGGAGAUGAUAAACUGGUGGAAUCAAGACAAGGGCCUUUUCCACCACCCCACCGUUCCCAAAAAAAAGUCGGUUUAUAAAGAUUUUCACGAGAAAGUUCUACAAGUACCCGUCUUACAUAAACCGCCCUGGCAUUUCGUGCGAUACAACGCGACUCCCAAUAAAUCCUUCGAAGUGAUCGGGGGACGUGACCAUAGGAUAUUGGUGGUCUUGUCCAAGAAAUUAAAUUUCAGGUACAACUACACGGAUCCCCCGGAACGCAUUCAAGGAUCGGCAGAAUCUGGGGAUAACGGAGAUACCAAUGGGGUCCUCGGGCUUCUAGCAAGAAGGGAGGCAGACCUUUUCAUAGGUGACAUGGGGAUCACCUACGAACGUUCAAACAUCAUCGAGUUCUCCUUUAUAACGUUGGCCGAUACUGGGGCGUUUGUUACGCACGCGCCGAGCAAAUUAAACGAGGCCUUAGCUUUAUUAAGACCAUUUCAGUGGCAGGUUUGGCCAGCAAUAGGAGUGACUUGUAUCAUAGUGGGACCGUUUUUAUACGCCCUAAUCGCCUUGCCGAACACGUGGCGACCCCAUUUUAGAGUGCGUUCACAUGCGAGAUUAUUUUUUGACUGUACUUGGUUCACCGUUACGAUCUUAUUAAAGCAAACGGGGAAGGUGCCCAGCCAGAGCCAUAAGGCUCGUUUUUUUAUAUUGGUCUUAUCGAUAUCUACCACUUAUGUCAUUACUGACAUGUAUUCUGCUAAUUUGACUUCGUUGCUAGCGCGGCCUGGGCGAGAACGUGCCAUAAACAACUUGUAUCAGCUUAAAACCGUCAUGGAAAGCAAGAAUUUUAAGUUGUUUGCUGAAAAGCACAGUCCGACGUUUGGUCUAUUAGAGAACGGCACGGGAAUCUACGGACAAAUCUGGGACCUAAUGGAGAAAAACCAGAAAAAAUACGUGGUGGAAUCGGUAGAGGAAGGAGUGAAAUUGGUCAAGGACAACCGCAACGUGGCCGUCAUGGCCGGCAGAGAAACGUUAUUUUUUGAUAUUCAGCGAUUCGGCCCUACCAAUUUUCAUUUAAGUGAAAAAUUAAAUACCGCUUACUCGGCGAUUGCUUUACAAUUCGGGUGUCCGUAUAUCGAGGAAAUUAAUGAAAUUCUAAUGGCUUUGUUUGAGGCGGGUAUAAUAAACAAAAUGACGGAGAACGAGUACGAAAAGUUGGGCAAACAGAAAGAGAAGUUGCCCGAUAAUUUACAGAACGAUGUGCCGACAACGGAAACCGCAACGAAGAAGGCGGUCAAAGUGAGCGAGGAUAACGAGAAACUGAAGCCGAUCAGACUGAAAAUGCUUCAGGGCACCUUCUAUUUGUUGUUUAUCGGGAACAUAUUUGCUGGUUUGGUCCUGCUGGUGGAAGUACUUUGCAAAAAAUACCAUAAAGAAGCAAAAAAAAAGAAGAAAACCAACAACAACGGGGACAACUUCUUCAAAAAAUUCUGGAAACGAUUUCAUUAUUAUUACAGAAGAAUCAAGAGGAGACUUCGAAGAGCGUAUUUGAAUUUCAUGCAUGACGCUUUUACACGCACCUUAGAAUAUAUCGAUUAGUAAUAAAAUGAGUUCAUUUUUUUCACCCUCGUUGGUCUCUUUUGUGAGUGCAGGUAACACCCGUUACCUAGGUUACGCAGAAGGAUAACGAGACUAUCGAGAGUUGAAAACAAAGACCUUAUCGCUAUAAUAUUUUAAAAUUAAUAUACUACUUAAAUAAAU